CUAGUAGUCAGGAGUGUCUCGUGCCCCCUUCGAGCCCCGCGAAAGCUAAUAGUGAGGGGAGUCCAGAGCGCCCUUCCAGCCCUGCGAAACCUGGGAGCCCCGGGCCUGAGAAAAAAGAGGAAAAGGAAAACAAUGUGUCCGAGGGACAGAAGCCUUUCAAUACCGGGAAGAAGCGCUAUGAGCGGGAGUUCCUGCUCAGAUUCCAGUUUUUCGAUGUCUGCCUGCGGAAGCCAGAGGGCCUACCUCACAUCAAGGAGGUGGUGCUGGAGGAGGCAAACCAAAGGCCUCUGAGGCCGCUAGACCCGGCCGGCCUAGGAAACGUGGACUGUAGCCUGGAUUUCACCCCGUCUUUUGUCAGGCUGGAUGGGCCCAAGGUCAACAAUCGAGGCCCCCCCAGGGGAGGGCCGGGCCAGCAGCCACCGACUGGCUUUGAGCUCUGGCGCUCCCAACAGGGUCUUCAGAAGGAAGCGCGGAAGAUUUUCGCCCCAGUCUUGCUCAACGAGGCUGUAAAACUUAAGAGAGCCGAGAAGGCCUGGAAGCCCAGCAGCAAGUGUGGCCUUUCAGAAAAGGACCGGGGAGAAGGCAACGCCGAGGAGGGCAAAACCCAGGAGCUGUUUCGAAGGGUGAGAUCUAUUCUAAACAAGCUCACCCCGGAGAUGUUCCAGCAGCUGCUGAAGCAAGUCCAGCAGCUGACCAUAGACACGGAGGAGCGCCUCAAAGGGGUCAUCGACCUCAUCUUCGAGAAGGCCAUCUCGGAGCCCAACUUCUCUGUGUCCUAUGCCAACAUGUGCCACUGCCUCCUGGGCCUGAAGGUGCCCACCACAGACAAGCCCGCCGUCACCGUCAAUUUCCGGAAGCUCCUGCUAACCAGGUGCCAGAAGGAGUUUGAGAAAGACAAGAAGGACAACAAAGAGCUUGAAAAUAAGCAGAAAGAGAUGAAUGAGGCGGCGACGGCAGAGGAACGAAGCCGCCUGAAAGAGGAGCUAGAAGAAGCCCGAGACAAAGCGAGGAGACGCUCCCUGGGCAACAUGAAAUUCAUCGGAGAGCUCUUUAAGCUGAAGAUGCUGACCGAAGCCAUCAUGCACGACUGCGUGGUCAAGUUACUGAAGAACCCCGAUGAGGAGUCCCUGGAGUGCCUUUGCCGUCUGCUUGCCACCGUUGGCAAAAGCCUGGACUCGGGGAAGUCCAAGUCCGUUAUGGAUCAGUAUUUCAAGCAAAUGAGGAAGAUCGUCAAAGAGAAGAAAACUUCGUCCAGAAUCCGGUUUAUGUUGCAGGAUGUGCAGGAUCUCCGCGGAAGCAGCUGGGUGCCGCGCCGGGGAGACCAAGGCCCCAAGACCAUCCAGCAAGUCCACCAAGAGGCCGAGAUGGAGAAACAGCAGGAAGAGCUCCAGGUCCAGCAGCUUAUGGCCAGGGGCUGGAAUAAGUGCCAGGGCCCGCCACGGUCUGCCCCGGGAAGCCGAAAGCGUUCCGUUACGGAUGAGGAAGGCUGGAGCACCGUGACUAUCAGCAAAGGCAACACAUUCAGACCCAUCGACGUUUCCCGGAUCACCCAAAUCACUAAUUCCGGAUCCCCGGGCUCGGACGACCAACUCUUCGUUCCGGGGGGUCGCCUGAGCUGGGGCAAGGGCAGCAGUGGGAGCGUGGGAGCCAAGAGUUCCGAUCCAGCCCCGCCCUCCACCAGCACCUCGAACCGCUUCUCAGCCCUGGAACACAGAGCCCCGCCAAAGGGCAAAGACGUGCAGACUGACGAGAUGCAAAAGGGGAGCCUGGCCGGGAAAGGCCACGAGAAAGAUGCGGAUCGAGGAGAUGGCCAGAAGCGGAAGGAGUCCGGGGGAGAGGGCGGAGACCAGGCUCCAGCCCAGAUCCCCGAGGGGAAAUUCAGCCACCAGCAGAAGGGAAGCCUAGAGCGACUUCUCCAACCCGAGGGUCUCCGCAGGGCAGCGGGCCUGAGCGAGGACAGGGACCGCAGUCAGGACACAGCCAGCCCUCCCCAGGCCGCGCUGUCCGAGGCCGACCUAGAGAAGAAGUCGAACGCCAUCAUCGAGGAGUUCCUGCAUCUCCAGGACGUGAAGGAAGCUGUCCAGUGCGUGCAGGAACUGGCCUCCCCGCAGCUGCUCUUCCUUUUUGUUCGCAAGGCCAUCGAGUCGACCCUGGAGCGCAGCGCCCAGGCCCGGGAACACAUGGGCCGCCUGUUGCAGCGGCUCCUCUCUGAGGGUCACCUCACUACCCUCCAGUAUUAUCGAGGGCUCCGGGAGGUCCUGGAGGCAGCUGAAGACAUGGAGAUCGAUAUCCCCCACGUGUGGCUGUACUUGGCAGAACUGGUGACACCCAUCCUUCGGGAAAGUAAGGUGCCCGUGGGGGAGUUUUUCAGGGAGAUCUCAAAGCCGCUGAAACCCUUCGGCAAAGCUGCUCCCCUGCUGCUGGAGAUCCUGGGACUCCUGUGCAAAAGUGUGGGUCACGAAAAGGUCGGGGAGCUGUGGCGGGAGGCUGGCCUCAGCUGGAAGGAAUUCCUGCCCGAGGACCAGGACGUCACCGCCUUCGUCCUUGAGCAGAAAGUGGAAUACACGCUGGGAGAGGAAGCGGAGCCCCGCAGCCCGACGGAGCUGUCCCAGGAGGAGCUGAGCAAGCAGCUGCAGAAGCUGCUUCAGGAGAGCCCCAACGACCCGCGACUCAGUGACUGGAUCGAGUCCAAGCUGAGCGAGCAACAGAUGGCUCCCGAUUCUUUGGUGGGUGCGCUCGUGACAGCCCUCUGCUCUUCCGCCAUCAUUUUCGGGGCCCCGCUGCGGCUGGAUGUGGCCUUGCUGAAAGCUCACUCGAAGCUUCUGCAGAAAUACUUGAGCGAUGAAAAGAAGGAGCUGCAGGCUCUCUGCGCCCUCCAGGCCCUCGUGGAAAGCCUGGAGCCCUCCGCCAACCUACUAAGCGAGUUCUUCCACCUUCUCUAUGAGGAGCAAGUGGUCAGAGAGGAGGCCUUCUACGGCUGGAAGAGCCAGCAGGAUCCCGCUGAGCAACAGGGCAAGGAAGCCGCCCUCGAGUCCGUCGCCGCCUUCUUCCACAGGCUACGUGAGACCAGGGACCAACUGGACCACAACUGA